CAUCUAUUAUUCAUCAACUCAUCUUUUGUACUAACAAAACAUCGAUAAUAUCCAUUUUCGAAAAUUCAUCGUGUACGUUAAUUAAUUUUUAAGGCAUGGCUACAUUGGGACGUGACGUUGUGUUUGAGGAUUUUUUUCCAUCAAUGAUGGAGAAACUAGGGUCAGAAGGGUUCUUGAAGGAGCUAAAGAACGGGUUCCGGGCAUUGAUGGAUAAGGAGAGGGAAGUGAUCACGUUUGAGAGCUUGAAGAGGAAUUCGGCGUUGUUAGGGUUAGAAGGAAUGAGUGAUGAUGAACUAAUGUGUAUGUUGAGGGAAGGGGAUUUGAAUGGAGAUGAUUGCUUGAAUGAGAAAGAAUUUUGUGUGCUAAUGGUAAGGUUGAGCCCUGAUUUGAUGGAAAAAUCGAGAAUGUGGUUCGCUCAGAGCAUUGAAAAUGAUCUGAUGUAGGCUCGUAUUAGCAUGUGCUUUAUUGAGGGCAUUCAUUUUGAAGUAGGAUUAUUAAGCUAUUCUAGCUAGGUCUAUUAAUUUCUAUCUUGUUAUUUUUUCCUCCUAUGUAUGUGUCGUCUAGUUUUAUUAUUAGUGAAGUUCAUUGUUUUAUUUGCCAUUAUUAAUGUAGUUUUUUCGGAAUUCAAUGAAAUUUUGGUUGUUAAUCGUUA